UACUACUUGUUUCUAUCAAGAACAUUAGUAAUAACCACAACAUUAAUAUUCAUAAUCACGAUAUUGCUUUAUACUACAAUUACUACGAUUCAACCAAAGUUAAUAAAUAUACCAAAAGAUGUCUUAUUACCACCAGCAACAGCUACAGCAGCAGCAACAACAGCUAUUACUAUUACAACAACAACAACAACAGCAGUUUGAAUAUCAACGCUAUUCAUAUGGCCAGAAUUCGUCCCACUCAAGACACACUAGUAAUACUAGCUCGCACCAUCGCAAUCUUCCUUCGCUCUCGUCUUCAGUUUCUAGCUGUUCUUCUAGCUCAACUUGCGGCUCACCAGUAAAUCGUCAGCAAACAUCUCCCUAUUACUAUUAUUCUUCGCCUCCUCCCUCACCCUCUGUCCGGACUCCUUCACCAUCUCGGACUUCAGAAGCACAAUGGCAGGCCUAUUCUGCAACCAUAAGAGCCAAAAGAGCAACCGCACCUAUGCCACUACGAUCUGUCUCAGCAGACUCUCUUACUUACGAAAACAUUGUGGACGAAAAACCCAGCCGACACUCGUACGAGAAAACAGGCCGUAAUUCAUACCAAUCAUACCAGUCGCGGUAUUCAAUCGAAUAUGCCUACCCUGUUUAUUCGCAACGUGCCAACCCCCUCGACAGGGACUUCGUAAGCUGUGAGCCCCACAGUCCUACAGAAUCUCGCAAGAGCAGACGCAGCAGUAACGCGAGUGCCAGACGCGUCUCCUUUAAUGACCGUGUAGUCGUCAUCUCCCCCUUGCCUGUCCAUCCUCCCGAGGAGAGACUUGUGACACUGACAGCAAUUGACGAUGAUUCAGUUUCAUGGAAUAUCAGUCGCCCAAGUCUCAAGAAGCAAUCAAGUGCCUCCACCGUAGUCGAGCCCUCAUGUUCAGAAAACGAAAAGUAUGAUGCGAUUGUAAAACAGUGCACCAACCGGUCUGCCAGUCAGAUUUGGUGGGAUGAGUCACAGCUUGCUGUCGAACUCGCCGAAGAUGACCUUUUACAAGAACCCAAGCGAAACAACUCUAUGAACCAACUCAAGAAGCUCAGCGUAUCUGCAUUCAAGACCUCCAGCAAAAAGGAGCCCUCUUGCUCUCAACCCAAAGGCAGUCGUCUGGGACGUACUCUCAAGAAGUGGAAAAAAUUGCUUUUCUAA